AAAUGAUAACCCAAUUGCAUUGCAGGUGGAGGGACCUGAUCUGAAGUCAAGAUGUGGCAGUCUGUGUCUGUCCUGUGUGUCCUGGUGGCCUUUGCCAAUGCCCGGAGUGUUCCUUACUACCCACCCCUCUCCAGCGACUUGGUCAACCAUAUAAACAAGCUCAACACCACCUGGAAGGCAGGGCACAACUUCCACAAUGCUGACAUGAGCUACGUGAAGAAGCUCUGUGGCACCUUCCUGGGUGGGCCCAAGCUCCCUGCCAGGGUAGAUUUUGCAGCAGAUAUAGACUUGCCAGAUAACUUUGACUCACGGAAGCAGUGGCCCAACUGCCCAACCAUCAAUGAGAUAAGAGACCAGGGCUCCUGUGGCUCCUGUUGGGCGUUCGGUGCUGUAGAAGCCAUUUCAGACAGAAUCUGCGUUCAUACCAACGCCAAGGUGAACGUGGAGGUCUCUGCAGAAGAUUUGCUGUCAUGCUGUGGCUUUGAGUGUGGCAUGGGGUGCAAUGGUGGUUAUCCUUCUGGGGCAUGGAGGUACUGGACAGAGAGGGGCCUUGUGUCUGGUGGUCUCUACGACUCCCAUGUAGGCUGCCGUCCUUACUCCAUCCCUCCUUGCGAGCACCAUGUCAACGGCUCCCGGCCACCGUGCACAGGAGAAGGUGGGGACACCCCCAGGUGUCAGCGACACUGUGAACCGGGCUACUCGCCUUCCUACAAGGAGGACAAGCACUUUGGCAUCACAUCCUAUGGUGUCCCUCAUAGUGAGAAGGAGAUCAUGGCUGAGAUCUACAAGAACGGCCCAGUGGAAGGAGCCUUUAUUGUCUAUGAGGACUUCCUCAUGUACAAGUCCGGGGUGUACCAGCACGUGUCUGGGGAGCAGGUUGGAGGCCACGCGAUCCGGAUCCUUGGCUGGGGGGUUGAAAACGGCACUCCUUACUGGCUGGCUGCAAAUUCCUGGAAUACUGACUGGGGUGAUAAUGGUUUCUUCAAAAUCCUCCGGGGAGAGGACCACUGUGGCAUCGAGUCAGAGAUCGUGGCUGGCAUCCCCAGUACGAUGCAGUAUUGGAAGAAGAUGUAAAGUUCCUCUUGCACUGCUGCUGGUUUGAUCAAAUCACAAAUAAUCCUGAGUCCCUGAUGCUUUUAACUGAUAGGUUGGGUGCAGAGCCCCCACUCUAAGAGACUAUAGUUGAGGUAACUUUAUUAAAGCUUUUAUCAUUUU